GGAUGGCCACCUGAAGGGGGCUGCGUGGUCCCCGUCUUUGGUGCCUUUGUCUAGAACAUGCUGUCCAUUUGGCUCGAGAAAUCUUCGGCCUAAAUGUUAAUAUUUAUCAUUUACAGCCGGCCAUUGCCCUCUUUCAAAGGUGAACACAGGAAAAUUUAUGACAGGGACAUUAUCUGAUAACGGAGGAACAUAAAGGAGGAAGAGUGGCAGCCUGUCUGUCCACGCGAACAAUUCGCUCAAGCCCGGGACGCCUGGAGGAUUCUGCCAUGGGGCUGUGGCCACGCUUUUUCCUCCUAGGACUGCUGCUUCUGGGGCAAGGGACCACCCAGGCCCAUACCUCUGCUGGAGGGAAUGCAUUGGAAGAGCAGCUAUGGCCAGAGUUGCAGACACUGAAGAAUUUUCCAUUCCAAUGCAACCAAAAGAGGCUGGGAUCCAGCGAGCCUUCUACGUCAGUCCACUCUCUGAGACCAUCCAACAUUAAAUUUGUGGCAGCCAUUGGCAAUGUGGAAAUUCAUCCAGACUCAGGGACGGUCGAUGUGGAGAUGCACAAAUGGGCUGAAAAAUGGUCACAGCAGGUGUGCACGGGAGUGGUGACAGUCCUUUCAGAUAUCAUCAGACAUUUCAGUCCCUCUCUUCUGAGGCCUGAGUACGCUGGGAAAACAGUGAGGCCUGGUGCUAGCGCUGAGGACUUACAGAUUCAGGCAAAAGAACUGGUGAGGAGCAUGAAAGAGAACCAGGAACUUGACUUUCAAAAGGACUGGAAGCUUAUCAAUGUGUUCUUCAGUAACACAAGCCAGAGUCACCUUUGUCCCUCCACCCAACAGCAAAGGCACGUGACAGGAGGCAUGGACAAGCUAACUAGAAUCCUGGACUACCUGCACCAGGAGGUCCCCAAAGCAUUUGUGAACCUGGUGGAUCUCUCUGAGGUUCUGAGGGUCUCUCGCUGGCAUCCAAGGACUCGGCUCAGCCCCACAGCCGAGCGCUGCAGGCUCUCCGAGGAGACAUCGAGGCUGUCCCAGGUUGUGACACAGUGGUCCUAUCAGGACAGCUGGGAACAUCUCCUGGCCUCCAGCAAGUACAGCAAGCAGGAGUCCUUCACAGUGGUUUUCCAGCCGUUCUUCUACGAGCCAGCCCUGUCACCAUUCUUGGGGCAGCGGCCACUCGAGGAUCCCACCACCCUUGCCUUGAGCCUCUGGAACAGCAUGAUGGAGCCAGCAGGACAGAAAGGUGAACCAUUUAGUGCAAAAGAGAGCAGGCUGGUGAAAUGUCCCUCUCAGGAGAAACCCUAUCUGUUCACCUACAGGAACAGCAAUUACCUGCUCAGGUUGCCAAAACCCCAUGAGAAGCUUGAGGCGAGGGAUGGAGUGGAAGUCAGGUGCCCUGACAAGGAUCCCUCUGACACGGUUCCCACCUCAGUUCACAGGCUGAAGCUGGCUGACAUCAAGGUGCUCGGAGCCCUGGGGGACUCUCUCACGGCCGGUAAUGGGGCCGGGUCCAAGCCUGGGAACGUCUUGGACGUCUUGACUCAGUAUCGAGGCCUGUCCUGGAGCGGCGGCGGCGAUCACAACCUCAGCAGCGUCACCACCCUGGCGAACAUCCUCCGGGAAUUCAGCCCUUCCCUGAAAGGCUUCUCUGUUGGCACCGGGACACAAAACAGCCCUGGAGCCUUCCUGAACCAGGCCGUGGCAGGAGACCGAGCUGAGGAUUUACCUGUUCAGGCCAGAAAGCUGGUGGAUCUGAUGAAGAAUGACAUGAAGAUAAAUUUCCAGGAAGAUUGGAAGAUAAUAACCCUGUUUAUAGGAGGCAACGACCUCUGCGAUUUCUGCGAUGAUCCAGUCCAUUAUUCUCCCCAGAACUUUGUGGACAACAUUGGGAAGGCUCUGGACAUCCUCCACGCUGAGGUUCCUCGGGCAUUUGUGAACCUGGUGAAGGUGCUGGAGAUCAUCAACCUGAGGCAGCUCUACCUGGAGAAGGAAGUCAGCUGCCCGAGGAUAAUCCUCAGGUCUCUGUGUCCCUGUGUCCUGAAGUUUGAUGAUGACUCAGCAGAACUGGCCUCCCUCAUCGAAGUGAAUAAGAAGUACCAGGAGGGGACUCAUCACCUGGUUGAGAGUGGGCGAUAUGACACAAGGGAAGAUUUUACUGUGGUCGUACAGCCAUUCUUUGAAAAAGUGGACAUGCCAAAGACCUCGGAGGGGUUGCCUGACAGCUCCUUCUUCGCUCCCGACUGCUUCCACUUCAGUAGCAAGGCUCAUGCCCACGCAGCCAGCGCCCUCUGGAACAACAUGCUGCAACCUGUCGGCCAGAAGACGACUCGGCAUAAUUUUGAAAACAAGAUCAAUAUCACGUGUCCCAACCAGGCCUGGCCCUUCCUGAGCACCUACAGGAACAGCGUGCAGGGUCAUGGGAGCCAGCUACUGUGCGAGGACAGGAUGCCUUCUGCCUCACCGCCCACCUCAGUGCAUGCCCUGAGACCCGCAGAUAUCCAAGUUGUGGCUGCUCUGGGAGAUUCUCUGACCGCUGGCAAUGGAAUUGGCUCCAAACCAGAUGACCUUCUUGAUGUCACCACUCAGUAUCGGGGGCUGUCAUAUAGUUCAGGAGGGGAUGGCUCCCUGGAGACUGUGACCACUUUACCGAAUAUCCUUCGGAAAUUUAAUAGAAAUCUCAAAGGCUACGCGGUGGGCACGGGUGAUGCCAGUGAGACAAAUGCGUUUCUCAAUCAGGCUGUUCCUCGAGCAAAGGCUGAGGAACUCACAAGCCAAGUCCAGACCCUGGUACAGAGGAUGAAAGAUGAUCACAGCAUGCGUUUCCACGAGGACUGGAAGGUCAUCACAGUGCUGAUCGGAGGCAGUGAUUUGUGUGACUUCUGCACGGACUCGAAUCUGUAUUCUGCUGCCAACUUCUUUGACCGUCUCCGCAAUGCCUUGGACAUCCUGCAUAGAGAGGUCCCCAGAGCCCUGGUCAAUCUCGUGGACUUCAUGAACCCCAGCAUAAUGCGGCAGGUGUUCCUGGGGAACCCAGACAAGUGCCCGGUGCAGCAGGCCAGCGCUCUGUGUAACUGUGUCCUGACCCCUCGGGACAGCUCCCAAGAGCUGGCCAGGUUGGAGGCCAUCACCCAAGCCUACCAGAGCAUCAUGCGUGAGCUGGUGGAGUCGGGCCGCUACGACACGCGGGAAGACUUCUCGGUGGUGCUACAGCCAUUCUUCCACAAUGUCCAGCUGCCCAUCCUGCCGGACGGGCACCUGGAUAUGACCUUCUUUGCCCCAGACUGCAUCCACCCAAGUCAGAAAUCCCACUCCCAGCUCUCCAGAGCCCUUUGGGCCAAUAUGCUUGAACCACUAGGAAGGAAAACGGAUACCCUGAACCUGAGGGCAGAUAUCCCCCUCUCCUGCCCCACUCCGAAUGAGCCCUUCCUGAGAACGCCCGGGAACAGUAACUACACUUACUCCACCAAACCAGCCAUUGAGAACUGGGGCAGUGACUUCCUGUGUAUGGAGUGGAAUCCGUCCAGCAGUGUCCCCACCUCAGUCCAUAAGCUCCGACCAGCAGACAUUAAAGUGGUGGCCGCCCUGGGUGACUCGUUGACCACGGCGUUGGGAGCCCAUCCAGGCAAGUUCGGUGACCUACCCACAUCCUGGAGGGGACUCUCCUGGAGCAUCGGAGGGGACGGCACCUUGGAGACCCACACCACACUGCCCAACAUCCUGAGGAAGUUCAACCCUUCCGUCCUUGGGUUCUCUACCGGCACACAGGAGGGCACAGCAGGCCUGAAUGUAGCAGUGAAAGGUGCCAGGGCUCGGGACAUGCCAGCCCAGGCCCGGGACCUGGUGGAGCGAAUGAAGAAGAGCCCGGAAAUCAACCUAGAAACAGACUGGAAGCUGAUCACACUCUUCAUUGGGAGCAACGACUUGUGUCAUUACUGCGAGAAUCUGGAGGCCCUACCAGCUGAGGAGUAUGUUCAGCACAUCCAGCGGGCCCUGGACAUCCUCUAUGAGGAGCUUCCGAGGGCUUUCAUCAACGUGGUGGAGAUCAUGGAGCUGGCUGGCCUACACCAGGGCCAAGGCGGGAAAUGUGACAUGCAAGUGGCGGCUCAGAGCAGCUGCGCUUGCCUCGGACGCACCCAGAGCUCCCGGGAGAUGCAGGAACUGAAGAAAGUGAACUGGAACUUCCAGAGUGGCAUCUCCCGGCUGACCUACCAGCAACAGUACCUUCAGCGUGAGGACUUCGCCGUGGUGCUGCAGCCAUUCUUCCAAAACACUCUCAUCCCCCUGAACAGCAGAGGGGGCGCUGACCUCACCUUCUUCUCCGACGACUGCUUCCACUUCUCAGAGCGCGGUCACGCCGAGAUGGCCAUUGCCCUCUGGAACAACAUGCUGGAACCCGUGGGCCAAAAGACGACCUCCAACAACUUCACCCACAGCCGAACCAAACUCAAGUGCCCCUCUCCUGAGAGCCCUUAUCUCCACACCCUGGGGAACAGUCAGCCACUCCAAGACCAGGCUGAUGCAGGCCCCGGGGUGCUCUCCUGGGCUGUGCCAGUGGCGGCGGGAGGUGGCCUUGCAUGUGGCAUUGGUGCAGUGAUGGCAUGGAGGGCCAUGAGGGGUCGCCAGAGAGAACAUCCUGCAAUGAGCCUGAACACCAUGAGCUUCUAGGCCAUGCGCAGGAGCUCAUCCUAAAUUCCCAGCAUCGUUCCUCUCCACCCUCUACCUUGGCCACCCCCGCCACCACCGAGAGCACUUGCUUCAACACCUGGUGAAACAGGAUGCCACAAGGACAGUCGUGACUUCUGGAGUCCGGGGCCUAUGAUCCUGGAAUUGGCAAAUUUAAAUAAAGGUCAAAGCCGUUCUGUUCUUGGGUUAGCCUGCCUGAAGCGCUCACCUUCCAUCUAUCAAGCAGCACAGGUACGGGAGCUGGAG